CCCACUUUUCCCACCCCCCCAGCUGCAGGGAACGCCUUCUGCCAGGCAGCACAGCUCCACCUGCAGCUGCAGAGCAAGCACGACUCAGCCACCAACUUUGUGGACGCAGGCAAUGCCUUCAAGAAGGCGGACCCCCAGGAGGCCAUUAACUGCUUGAUCCGGGCCAUUGAGAUCUACACAGACAUGGGCCGCUUCACCAUCGCUGCCAAACACCACAUCUCCAUUGCUGAGAUCUACGAGAGCGAGCUGGUGGACAUUGAGAAGGCCAUAGCACACUACGAGCAGGCUGCGGAUUACUACAAAGGAGAAGAGUCCAACAGCUCGGCCAAUAAGUGCUUGCUGAAGGUGGCCACGUAUGCGGCGCAGCUGGAGCAGUACCAGAAAGCUGUGGAGAUCUAUGAGCAGGUGGGCACCAGUGCCAUGGACAGCCCCCUCCUCAAGUACAGCGCCAAGGAAUAUUUCUUCAAGGCCGCGCUCUGCCACUUCUGCAUCGACAUGCUCAACGCCAAGCUGGCCAUGCAGAAGUAUGAGGAGAUGUUCCCUGCCUUCACGGACUCACGUGAAUGCAAACUGGUGAAGAAAUUGCUGGAUGCUCACGAGGAGCAGAACGUCGACGCCUACACCGAUGCGGUGAAGGAGUACGACUCCAUCACACGCCUGGACCAGUGGCUGACCACCAUGCUGCUGCGCAUCAAGAAGACCAUUCAGGGGGAGGAGGAGGACCUGCGCUGAGCCCCCCCCCCCCCGCCUCCCCCUGUACAGGAACCUCUGCCCCCUCCCCACUAUUUAAUUCUCGCAGCAAUUUGGGGUUUGAAGCUUUGGGGUCCCCCUCGCUGCUCCGGGACCAUGAGGGCUGGGGGGGGAGGGGGUCCCAAGAUCUCUGAGCCCACCACCCCCAAUUUGGGCAGAGCCCCCCACCACAGCCCCUCUUCUCCGGCUGCCCCACAGUUAUGGGGUGAGGAGGAGGGUGCCAGCCCCGGGGGGGUGGGGAGGGGGCUGCUGCAUCCCCCCCUUUGCUGUAGUGCCCCAUUGCGCCGUGGCCAAUAAACGUUGCAUGAGCGGA